CCCUUCUCGAGACCAAAUUCCCCAACACAAGCCUUGUGGUAACGCUCGGGACUUCAUCACGCUCCCAUGUUAUCUUCAGCCAUCCCAUUACUGCGGUAAUGCGCUCGAGAUGCUGGUCCCAAAUGUUUGACUAUCGCUCAACAUGGACGAUAACCUGGGCCUUGCUCCUGUCGCUAUGGCUUUCCCUGGCCCAGGGUAUGAGGACGGAAAAGAUCCAUGAACUCAGGAAGGAGACACAGCAUAUGUUCUACCACGGAUUUGAGAACUACCUCGAACACGCCUUUCCUGAAGAUGAAUUACGUCCACUCUCCUGCAGUCCAUUGGUUCGCGAUCGAGAAAACCCAGGACACGCCGAGCUGAACGACGUGCUAGGAAAUUAUUCCCUGACCUUAAUAGACAGCCUGUCGUCGCUUGCGAUCCUCUCUUCCAGUGGCGAUGAUGGCAAACGCGCUUGGGGGUAUUUUCAGGAUGGUGUGAAGGACUUUGUUCGGCUCUAUGGGGAUGGGUCUGACGGCCCUGCUGGACAGGGCGAAAGGGGAAGGGGAUUCGAUCGGGACAGCAAAGUCCAGGUUUUCGAAACCGUGAUUCGUGGGCUAGGCGGUCUACUCAGUGCGCAUCUCUUUGCCGUGGGCGAUCUUCCCAUUGCCGGUUACAAUCCUCCGGAGACAGAAGCGACUUACGCGAAGGCUUGGGAUAAAUCCAACUUCCCGGAUGACAGUCGCGGGAUAGAGUGGGAGAACGGGUUUUUCUACGAUGGUCAGUUUCUGCGACUUGCCGCGGACCUGGCAAACCGCAUUAUACCGGCAUUCUACACGGAAACAGGUCUUCCCUACCCCCGGGUAAACCUGCGUUACGGAGUACAACGGCAGCCAUUUUACGCGAAUUCGCCUUUGAAUGUUGAACCAUGCCACCACCCCGACCAAGAAUACUGUCAAAAGAAACGCCAUUCGGCACCGCCCGAGAUCACGGAGACAUGCAGCGCUGGCGCUGGCAGCUUAGUCCUCGAAUUUACUGUCUUGAGCAGGCUCACGGGAGACGGACGAUACGAGGAGCUGGCAAAAAGAGCCUUCUGGGCAGUGUGGGAGAGAAGAAGCGAAAUCGGGUUAAUUGGUUCGGGGAUUGACGCCGAAUCGGGCAGAUGGGUUCACUCAUAUACGGGGAUUGGUGCUGGCAUCGACAGCUUUUUCGAAUACGCGUUCAAAUCCUACGUCCUACUGUCUUCAGGCGAUCGGCCUCCGCACGAUCUAGACAGUCCGUGGCAUGCAUUUGAUAAUCAUUUCGGCCCUCUGAGCGAGUAUGAGCACUCAGCAGACGCCUUUCUGCAAGUGUGGCACGAGUCCCAUGCGGCGAUCAAACGUCAUCUAUACCGAGGAGAGGGCUAUCAACACCCCCAUUUAAUCCAAGGAGACGUCUUCACUGGCGCCACACGAGCGUUCUGGAUCGACAGCCUGAGCGCCUUUUAUCCAGGACUUCUGACGUUGGCAGGAGAGCUCGACGAGGCCAUCGGAAUCCACCUUUUGCCGACGGCCGUCUGGAAUCGUUUCUCCGGCCUCCCCGAGAGGUGGAAUGUUGUCACCGGCAAUGUUGAAGGCAAUCUAGGCUGGUACGGCGGCCGCCCGGAGUUUGUCGAGUCUACCUAUUACCUCUACCAAGCCACCAAGGACCCAUGGUAUUUGCACGUCGGCGAAAUGGUGCUGCGGGACCUUAAAAGACGAUGCUGGACCAAGUGUGGAUGGGCGGGUCUUCAAGACGUCCGCAAUGGCGAGCUUAGUGACAGGAUGGAGAGCUUUUUCCUGGGAGAAACUACCAAGUAUAUGUACUUGCUCUACGACCCGGCACACCCUCUGAACAACCUGGAUCAGCCAUUCGUCUUUUCUACCGAAGGACAUCCCCUCAUUAUACCCAAGAGCACGACUGGAACGCAACGCCCUCAGCAGCAGCCGUCGCAACAGUCGCAGCAGCAGCACAAGGAUUCCGUUUGUCAGUCAGCACCCUUGCCCCCAACCUUCGGCUUAUCAUCCACAGCAGCGCGGCCCGAUGUCUUUCAUGCUGCGACUCUGGCCCGCUUACACCUGAUGCCAAACCGAGGGUCGGCAGAAGGACCUCUCCUGGACCACGCCAAGGACCACCCAAGCGUGUCCAUGUCUGACCUGUCCUCACCAACCAACUAUACCUUCUUCCCGUGGACCUUGCCACCUGAGCUGGUCCCGUUCAACGCGACGAGCUCUCCCAUGACUGUUCGGCCCACGCUAGAUAUUUCAUUCCCAAGCAUCCCUGGCAUGGUACUGGGAUCGAACUCCCUGGAACGGAUUCGGGAGGGCAUUCUCAUCAAAGCCAUCAGCGGACUGCGGUUAAGCAUGGUGCAAGACGUGCCUUCUCAGGAUGCGCCGGAGAACCCGGCGGAAGACGAGUUCCGGAUCCAGGUGAUCAACAACGUGCCGCUUGGAAAAGAUGAGAAGGUAUUCCUCUCGCGAGAGAUCACAUUUGAUGUCCUGGAUCCCACCGAUCCGAACUUCACCCGCUUGCGUGACUCCUCAAUGAUUGACAUCGUCAUUGACGUUAUCCCAGAAACCGUCCGUCGACGAAACGAUUCAAAUGAUCGUCAAGAACCGGCUGCGGCAGAAAAUGGCCAAAACCCCAUCAUCCACGAGUCCGCCACGUCCACCGACGAUAAACUCGGCUACAUAGAUCCCUCUUCGCCGAGCAUGAGAAGCGUACUGUCAUCUCUGAUGAAUUCGGUCUCUGCGUUGCUUCGCGACGACCCUCAAGCGCAUCUAUCCUGGUCGUCGUCGUCCCCGAAACAACCGUCGCUGCGACUGGCCUUACCGGCCGCCGUCUCCUCUGGUUUAGGGUCUGCUCCUCUACCGGAAGUGGGCGAUGCCACUACAUUUUCGAUCACAGGCGACCCCGCCAAGACCCGUCUCUCCUGGUCUACGGUCUAUCUCGCCGGGGAGCUCUGUGAUCAGCGCAUCCCGCGGGAGAUCGCGCAAAGCCACCAAGUGCUGGUGGUCAAACGUGGCGGGUGCAGCUUUUCGCAAAAAUUGCGGAACAUUGCAGCAUACCCGCCAUCACGUCAUGCGCUGAAGCUCGUCAUUGUGGUCUCGUCUGACGAGCCACCGACGGACGAGGCUUCGGAGCCCAAUCCCACAUCUUCGUCCCCGACCUUGGCCGCCAUCCGUGCAGGGCCAUAUCUCGCUCGACCCUACCUCGAUGAGACCCAAAUGUCCACCGGGGGGACGCCUCGGCGCCAUCUAAUCAGUAUGCUGAUGGUUGGCGGGGGCGACGAAACUUAUGAAUUGUUACGGCGCGCGACUGGCAUCGGCAUCAAGCGGCGAUAUACGGUGCGGUCGCAGGGCGUUCCGAUCAAUAAUUUGUACGUUAUUUAGUAGAUUACUGCUGGGUUUCUUGUAUAGUUUGUAG